AUGAAGAAAAAGGGCCAGCAGAGGAAAUAUGAGGUUAGUUACUGCAAGAAAUGUCGAAGAAGACACAUGGGUGAAUGCCUAGUAGAAACCAAUGUUUGUUUCAGAUGUCGCCAGCUAGGUCAUAUUGCUAGAGAUUGCCCCAUUGGUUCUGCAACUUCAGUACCUGCAGUUGGAGGCACGACAACUAGGGUAUAUAAUGUGGCCCAGAUGCAGGCAGAUGCCAGCCCUUCAGCAGUCAUUGGUCAAUUAUUAUUCCAUGAUACUCCCUUGUAUGCCUUGAUUGAUUUUGGUGCUACUCAUUCAUUCAUCUCCUAUGGUAUGAUUAAAAGAUUAGGGUUAAUGCCUAUCAGAGUAGAACAAGCCAUUAGGAUCGAAUUGCCUGAUGGUGAGGGUGUAGUGACCAAUGAAGUCUUAAUGGGGAGUUAG